GCUCGGGAAAAGUUUUCAAGUACUCAACUACUUGUUAAAAGGGAAAGAACCUAGCAAAACGAUGUUUAAUUCUUGACCCAAAUAAAUUAUUUAUGUUAUAUAUAGCGUGUCAUUCUACAAUUUUACCGAUAGGAUUUCAGUUUCUAAAUUUAAAGCAAGACAUGAUCUAGUUUGGAUUGAAGUUUUUAAUUCUUUCAAAUUUGAACUGUUCUGAAAUUGAAAAUAUUCUGAAAUUGGUACAUCGUCAGUUUAUUAUUAUUUGGUCCCACUAUUUGUUUUUGAUUAUCAAUAUGAAUGACUUAAAUGAGUCAGGCUUUCGUAGUAAAGCUGCUGCAUUGCUGAACAAUGAAAGCUUUAGUGAUGUUGAGAUACGAGUGAAUGAUGGAACUAAUACUAGAUCUUUUCCGGCACAUUCAUUGUUCCUGUCCAUGAAUAGUAAAAAAUUUGCAAACACGUUUCAUGGAUAUUCUCCACCACCAAAAGUUUUCAAUAUCUUUGAUUACAAGCCAAAAAUCGUUUAUAUGAUGUUAGAAUUUAUUUACACUGAUGAAACUGAUUUGCAGAACACAGAAGAAUGCAAGAACUUGUAUCGCUUAGCUAAGUUUUACGAGGUAAAAGAUUUAGAAAAGUAUUGCCGAACAUAUUUGGUUGGGGAAAACAUAACAUUGGAAAAUAUUUUUGAUAAAUAUGAAUUUGCAUUAUCUGAAAAUCUACCACAGGCUCUGAAAGCUUGUAGAGAUAUUGUUUCUACUCGAACUAUAGAUAUUAUAAAUUUACGUCAAUUUACUGAAAUUUCUUUGCCAGUAAUUGAAGAUAUUCUUCAGCUUGAUACAAUGUCUAUUAUGAGUGAGCUUGAUUUAAUAGAAGCUGCAAUUAAAUGGGCUCAACAGGAAUGUUACAGGCGUGGGUCUUUAACAGAUAAUUUGCGUAUUUGUGUGUACCCACUCUUCAAGCAUCUUCGCUUCCUUACCUUAACAGCUCCUGAAUUUUGUGAUUUAGUAGAAAAAUAUGAUAAACUUAUAAAUGCACAUGAGAGCUCUAAGUUGACUAUGGCAAUUCUUAAACCAGAUCCUUCUCUUCCAAUUCCUUCUGGCUUCAGCUCAAAUACGAAUCGCCGAGAGCAAUCUAAAUCUACGCCUAAAGAGCAAGAGUUAUUAAUACCAGCAACUGUUAAUACUGUCAAUAUUAACAAUAAGAAAAAACCUUCAUGGAGCUUUGAUUCAGAUUUACAAGAUCAUUUGCGUGAUACUUUUGGACUGAAUAAACCACCCAAACGAGAUAUCAGCUCAAAAUCCUCUGUACUUGAUGAACCAUUUUUUCAUGUUGGAGGGAAUAUUCCAAGCAAGCAAGAUUCCAGCUCAAAAUCUGUAAAAUUUAAAGAAAAUGAUAAAGCAUUUUCAGACAUUAGACAAAACACAACAAAUAAACAACAUACCAUGCGAUUUGAUCAUUUUGAGAAAACAUUUCAAGCUCAACAUUCAACAUCUCAAGUUAGGCAAAAUACACAGGUAAAACAGGAUUUGAGCUCAAGUUCUUCAAAACUUGCUGAAAAUGUUGACGUGUUUUCUAAAUUCCAAAAUGCACCAGGUAAACAGAAUAGCAAACCCACACCAAUAGCAUACAAUAGAUCAGAGUCUACACCCAUUUACAUCAAAAAACCAUCACCGGUUUUGAGAGUAAAACCUUCUCCACAGUUAUCUUUAAAUCAAAGAACAUUCAAUUUCCCUCUUUUCGACUUCGGCAAUGGUUUAAACUCUGCCUUUGAAAAUGAUAUUAAAUGUUCAGCCAAAAUAUAUGUCAACAGAGGAGCCAUUGAAAUUUAUGGUGUAGAGUUAAAAAUGAAGCAAAAAGAAGCAGAAGAAGUUAUAACAACUCACCUUGCACUAAGUGGAUCCAGUAUUUCUUCCCGUGAUAUUACUUGUGAAGAAAAACUUAAAAACAAUAUUUUGUCCCUGACUUUUGAUGAACCUGUCAAAUUGUAUUCAGAAAAUAAUUUAAACAUAGAAGUAGUUGUUGAAGACCUUAAAUUAAACCGUUGUUCUGGUUGUCUUGAUGACAGAUGCGAACUGAAUAGUGGUUUAAAUAUUUCUGCGGAAAUCUGGAUGAAAAGUAAUCAGACAAAUAAUGAUAGCAGAGAUUUCUUUUACUUAUUUAAUCGUUUAAUAUACAAACCUUUAGCUUAAAAAUCUAUAGUUUUUUCGUGAGUCAAUUUAUUGAGAUUUAUGUGAACUUAAUUGAUUGUGAUAAGACUUUUGUUAAAAAAGUUGGGUUUAUAGAUUAAUUGUUUGUGUUUAGCUUUUUAAAAAGAAGGUAAAGUAAGUUUAUUUUCAGUCAUUUUACCUGAUAUUUUAAAAAGUGCCAUAUAAUUUUUUUUAUUUUAGUUUUUUUAUAUUUUGUAUAAAAGUUAUUGAUAAUAUACGCCUGAUGUGCCUUUGACAAAGACUAUAUCUGUGUUGUAGGCUAAGGGUGCACAACCUUUUUGAGUGAAGGGCCACUAGCACAGCAGGUU